AUGGAGGAGGCUGGGGGCGAUGGCAUCAGCGCGCAGGAGUUGGGCACAGAGCAACGAACGGUAGCUGCAGGGCCCUCACCUAUCUGGCAGAGUUGGGUAACUUGGGUUCCAGUGAUGCGACAGGCAGAAACGAAUUACAACGGAUGGGAAGCUCGCAUCACAUCGGCAAGACUGAAUGGUUGGGCGCAAAAGACCACAGUGGGGGGGGGAAGGGUUUGUUGUCGAGCUGUGAUUGGGAAGGAUGAACCCAUUGGUCCCUCUCUGAAAAAUCCCUGA